UCAUAUCUUAUACUUAUACAUCUCUAAAAUUCAUUUUUUUUUAUGUAAAAUACAUUUUUCAGUUAUGUAAUUUAAUGAAUUUAUUUUAUGGGAACGGGAAUUCACCCCUUUGAUCUCCGUUCUCCUCCCCGGUCGGAGUCUCCGUCUUGUUCCCGCGAGUUCAUUUUCACUCCUUUUGUUCUUCGGCAGAGCACCGCAUUGCUCUUCAUGCCGUGAGCUCACGAAUCGAGCAAGCCCAGGAGUCGAAGCAGGAGCGAGCAGGUGGAGCUGAUCCGCCGACAAUGAUGCUGGAUCUGGGGCCGUUCUCGGAGGAGAAGUUUGACCCUAAGAAAUGGAUAAACUCGGCGUGCCACGCUCGGCACCCGGAGGACUCGCUCGACAAGCACCUGGUGGACAUGGAGAUGAAGCUCCAGAUGGUGUCCGAGGAGAUCGCCGCCUCCCUCGAGGAGCAGAGCUCCGCCGCCCUUCUGCGCGUCCCUCGCGCCACCCGCGACGUCAUCCGCCUGCGCGACGACGCCUCCUCCCUCCGCGGUUCCAUCUCCGGCAUCCUUCAGAAGCUCAAGAAGGCAGAAGGGUCCUCAGCUGAAUCUAUAGCUGCUCUUGCUAAAGUUGAUACCGUCAAGCAGAGAAUGGAGGCUGCAUAUGAGACAUUGCAGGAUGCUGCUGGGUUAACUCAGUUAAGUUCCACGGUUGAGGAUGUUUUUGCCAGUGGUGAUCUUCCUCGAGCUGCUGAGACCUUGGCUAACAUGAGACAUUGCUUGUCUGCUGUUGGGGAGGUGGCAGAGUUUGCAAAUGUCAGGAAACAACUUGAGGUCCUAGAGGAUAGGCUUGAUUCAAUGGUGCAGCCUCGUUUAACAGAUGCAUUGUCUAAUCGCAGGGUCGAUGUUGCUCAAGACUUGCGAGGUAUUCUUAUUCGAAUUGGAAGAUUCAAGUCUUUGGAGCAUCAUUACACUAAAGUUCACUUAAAGCCCAUUAAAAAGCUAUGGGAAGAGUUUGAAACCAGGCAAAAGGCCAAUAAGCUUGCAAGUGAUAAAAGUGAAAUGGAGAGGCCAUCAAGUAAUCCUGAAUUUCAGUCAAGCUUGCGUGCAGCAUCAUUCUCUACCUGGUUGCCAGCCUUCUAUGAUGAAUUGCUCCUCUAUCUUGAGCAAGAAUGGAAGUGGUGCACUGUUGCUUUCCCUGAUGAUUAUAAAAGCCUCGUCCCAAAGUUGCUGAUAGAGACAAUGGCAGCCAUUGGAGGAAGUUUUGUUUCUCGCAUCAACCUAGUGACUGCAGAUGUCGUCCCUGAAACAAAAGCUUUAGCCAAAGGAAUACUAGAUAUUUUAUCCGGAGACAUGCCAAAGAAUAUUGAGAUUCAGACAAAGCACCUUGACGCCUUGAUAGAAUUGCAUAAUAUGACGGGGACCUUUGCGAGGAAUAUUCAGCAUCUCUUUUCAGAGUCUGAUCUUCGUUCCUUGAUGGAUACACUUAAGGCCGUAUAUCUUCCUUAUGAAUCAUUCAAGCAGAAGUAUGGACAGAUAGAGCGUGCUAUCCUUUCCAGUGAGAUAUCUGGGGUGGAUCUGAGAGGAGCUGUUGCUCGUGGUGUGGGGGCCCAGGGAAUUGAACUCAGCGAAACAGUUAGGAGGAUGGAGGAGUCAAUUCCCCAAAUCAUUUUGCUUCUUGAAGCAGCUGUUGAGAGGUGCAUCAGCUUCACUGGUGGUUCGGAGGCCGAUGAAUUAAUCCUUGCACUUGAUGACAUAAUGUUGCAAUAUAUUGCUGCUCUACAAGAGACACUGAAAUCAUUAAGAGCCGUAUGUGGUGUGAAUUUUGCGGAUGCUGGUUCAAAGAAGGAAAUGGGUUUGGACAAAAGAGAAGGAACUCAGAGCGCAAGGAGAGCUGACUUGAUUUCUAAUGAGGAGGAAUGGUCCAUCAUCCAAGGAGCUCUGCAGAUCCUCACAGUAGCUGAUUGCUUAACUAGCAGAUCUUCAGUGUUUGAAGCUUCUUUGAGAGCUACUCUUGCUAGACUGAGCACAAGCUUGUCUCUUUCAGUAUUUGGUUCGAGUCUCGAUCCUAACCAGUCACACGUGGUUUGCAAUGAUGGGAAUGAGGAACUGUCCUCUGCUGGGAGGGCUGCCUUGGAUGUAGCAGCUGUACGACUCAUUGAUGUUCCAGAGAAAGCUAGGAAGCUUUUCAACCUUUUGGAACAAUCGAAAGAUCCCAGGUUUCAUGCACUUCCUCAUGCAUCUCAGAGAGUGGCAGCUUUUGCCGAUACAGUGAAUGAACUUGUAUAUGAUGUCCUUAUAUCUAAAGUGAGACAGAGGCUCAGUGAUGUGUCUCGGUUCCCUGUAUGGUCCUCGGUUGAGCAGCAAAGUGCUUUCCCUCUCCCAACCUUCAGUACAUAUCCUCAGGCCUAUGUGACAAGUGUGGGUGAAUAUCUUCUCACUUUACCCCAACAACUGGAACCACUUGCCGAGGGCAUUGCCGGCAAUGAUGGAAGCAAUGACGAAGCUCAAUUCUUUGCCACUGAAUGGAUGUUCAAGGUUGCUGAGGGAGCCACUGCCCUUUUCAUGGAGCAGCUUCGGGGAAUCCAAUACCUGACAGAUCGUGGGGCUCAACAGCUCUCAGUCGAUAUUGAUUACUUGAGCAACGUCCUUUCUGCCCUUUCGAUGCCAAUACCCCCUGUGCUCUCCACAUUCCAGACGUGUUUCUCCACACCUAGAGAUCAACUGAGGGACCUCGUGAAAUCUGACUCGGGAGACCAGCUAGAUGCCUUGACUGCGAAUCUUGUAUGUAAAAUGCGGCGUGUGAGCUUGGAUUAGUGGCAUUUUGUCGUCUUUAUUGGUUUCUUUUUCUGCAUCCUAGAGGUACUUUACCAAAUUCAUACAAAUGUUUUAGGCUGAGUAAUUUGACUCGACCACACAUUUAUACAAAUGAGUCACUGUUAGAACAUAUAGGUGGUUCGGCCCCGAAUUGAACAAAGACUUUUUUUUUCCCUUUUUAAUUAAUGGGUGGAUUGAGCAGAGACUUAUUUUGCUGUUAUUUCAGAACAAUCUUUCAAUAGCAGAGGUUCUAUAGGAACUUCUAGCAUUUAUGUACAAUUAUAAAAAUAGAAGCAACUUCUUGUAUGAUGCCAGGUGGACAAAGGUAGCCUGUGGAGGAAUGGUUUUUGGAGUA